GCCGCCGAUGUGGAGUAGGGCCGAGCGCGGAACGCGAGGAGCUGCUGGGGUGUGUGUGUCGCAGCGGGUUUUCCACGGCGGUUUGCGGAGCUGCCGAGAUGGAGCCGGUUGCGGAGGGAGCGAGUGUGACCGCAGUCCCUGUGACAGCUGCCGACAGCACGGAGGAGUUGGCCGAAGUCGAAGGAGUUGGAGUCGUGGGCGAGGAUAAUGACGCAGCCGCGAGAGGAGCGGAGGCCUUUGGCGACAGCGAGGAGGACGGCGAGGAUGUGUUCGAGGUGGAGAAGAUCCUGGACAUGAAGACCGAGGGGGGUAAAGUUCUUUACAAAGUUCGCUGGAAAGGCUAUACGUCGGAUGACGAUACCUGGGAGCCCGAGAUUCACCUGGAGGACUGUAAAGAAGUGCUUCUUGAAUUUAGGAAGAAAAUUGCAGAGAACAAAGCCAAAGCAGUCAGGAAGGAUAUUCAGAGACUGUCCUUAAAUAACGACAUCUUUGAGGCGAACUCUGAUAGCGAUCAGCAAAGCGAGACAAAAGAAGAUACUUCACCAAAGAAGAAAAAGAAAAAAUUAAGGCAGAGAGAAGAGAAGAGCCCAGAUGAUCUGAAAAAGAAAAAAGCAAAGGCCGGGAAGCUAAAAGACAAGUCCAAAUCAGACCUGGAGAGCUCCUUGGAAAGUUUAGUUUUUGAUUUAAGGACAAAGAAAAGAAUUUCUGAAGCCAAAGAAGAACUAAAGGAGUCCAAAAAGCCUAAAAAAGAUGAAGUAAAAGAAACAAAGGAAUUAAAGAAAGUUAAAAAGGGUGAAAUAAGAGAUUUAAAGACGAAAACAAGAGAAGAUCCCAAAGAAAAUAGAAAAACAAAAAAAGAAAAAUGUGUCGAGUCCCAGGUGGAAUCUGAAUCAAGUGUACUUAAUGAUUCUGCCUUUCCAGAGGAUGACAGUGAAGGGCUACAUUCCGACAGCAGAGAAGAGAAACAAAACACUAAAACUGCGAGAGAGAGAGCAGGGCAGGACACAGGGCUGGAGCAUGGCUUUGAGAAGCCGCUAGACAGCGCCAUGAGUGCUGAGGAGGACACCGACGUCAGAGGCAGGAGGAAGAAGAAGACCCCGAGAAAGGCUGAGGACACGAGAGAGAGCAGGAAGCUCGAGAACAAGAACGCUUUCUUAGAGAGGAAAACUGUGCCUAAGAAGCAGAGGAAUCAAGACAGAGGCAAAAGUGCUGCAGAGUCAGAGAAGCUGAUGCCUGUGUCUGCCCAGACGCCAAAGGGCUGGAGGUUGAGCGGGGAAGAGAGAGGCUUCUGGUCCACUGACUCAGCCGAGGAGGACAAAGAGACCAAAAAAACUGAAUCCAAAGAAAAAUAUCAGAAAAGGCACGAUUCUGACAAGGAAGAAAAAGGCAGAAAAGAGCCAAAAGGAUUAAAGACACUUAAGGAAAUCAGAAAUGCAUUUGAUUUAUUUAAAUUAACUCCAGAAGAAAAAAAUGAUGUUUCUGAGAAUAAUCGGAAAAGGGAAGAAAUACCACUGGAUUUUAAAACCACAGACGAUCACAAAACCAAGGAAAACAAACAGUCACUUAAAGAGAGGAGGAACACCCGAGACGAAACGGACACUUGGGCAUACAUUGCUGCAGAAGGCGAUCAGGAGGCUUCAGACAGCGUGUGCCCAGCAGAGGAGAAUUCGGAUGGCAGGCAGCAGAUUCUGAGUCUGGGCAUGGACCUGCAGUUGGAAUGGAUGAAGUUAGAAGAUUUCCAAAAGCACCUUGAUGGGAAAGAUGAGAAUUUUGCUGCAGCAGAUGCAAUUCCAAGUAAUGUGUUAAGGGAUGCUGUAAAAAAUGGGGAUUAUAUUACUGUAAAAGUUGCACUUAAUUCAAAUGAAGAAUAUAACCUGGACCAAGAGGAUUCUAGUGGAAUGACACUGGUGAUGCUUGCCGCCGCGGGAGGGCAGGACGACCUCCUGCGACUCCUCAUAACAAAAGGCGCGAAAGUGAACGGUCGGCAGAAAAACGGGACCACCGCCCUCAUUCAUGCCGCAGAGAAGAACUUUUUAACAACAGUGGCUAUUCUUUUGGAAGCGGGAGCUUUUGUCAACGUCCAGCAGAGCAAUGGUGAGACCGCACUGAUGAAGGCCUGUAAAAGAGGAAAUUCAGACAUUGUACGACUUGUGAUUGAAUGUGGAGCUGACUGCAACAUUUUGUCAAAGCACCAGAACAGUGCCCUGCACUUCGCGAAGCAGUCUAACAACGUGCUUGUGUACGACUUGCUGAAGAGCCAUUUAGAGACACUUUCAAGAGUAGCAGAAGAGACAAUAAAGGAUUACUUCGAAGCUCGCCUUGCUCUGCUGGAACCAGUGUUUCCAAUCGCAUGUCAUCGACUCUGUGAGGGGCCAGAUUUUUCAACAGAUUUCAAUUACAAACCCCCACAGAACAUACCAGAAGGCUCUGGCAUCCUGCUGUUUAUCUUCCAUGCAAACUUUUUGGGUAAAGAAGUUAUUGCUCGGCUCUGUGGACCAUGUAGUGUACAAGCUGUAGUUCUGAAUGAUAAAUUUCAACUUCCUGUUUUUCUGGACAGUCAUUUUGUUUACUCAUUCAGCCCUAUUGCAGGUCCCAAUAAACUCUUCAUAAGGUUGACAGAAGCACCCUCUGCCAAGGUUAAGUUGCUAAUAGGUGCAUACAGAGUGCAGCUGCAGUGACCAAACAUCAGGGAUUGGGUGGAGUUCUCUUCAGACCCAUUCCUACACUCUCUCUGACAGUAGUUUGGAAUUCUCCUAGCACAUCUAUGUAAAGUUUGUCUGUAAACCUCUUGCAGUUAA